CAGCAAUCAGGACUUGUUUUUUCUUUACGCUGUGGAAGAGAAAGAAUUCACUAGAAUUUAGAAUUUAGAUUAUUGGGUCUCAAACUUAAUGACGGCAGAAUGAUUACAAAGUCACCCAGCAAUCUUUCUAAUGGCGAAUUCAACGUUACACUGAGCGAAGAAGACCUUCAGGAAAUCGUUCGACUGACCAGAAUAUCAAAUCUUAUUCUUAAGACUGUCCCCUACUUUCUGCUCGCUUUUGGAAUACCAGGGAACGUCAUCUCUAUUGCCGUGCUGAGCAAGCCAAGCAUGAAGGACAAGAUAUUUACCCUGUUCUUGGUCAGCCUGUGCCUGUUCAAUCUCCUUCUCCUGCUGUUCUCGCUGCCCAGGUUCAUAGCCAAAGGAUUUAUCGGACGGGAGAUCUAUUUCAACAGCCCAAAGCUUUGCGCGUUUGUGAAAUAUGCGACUCAUACACUGAUAGCUAUUUCACACUGGCACCUAGUUGUCAUGUGUACUUGGAGACUACUGUACUACAAAGACAAAACCCGAAUUAUCGUACAAUAUCUUCAUCCAAUGUACACAAUUCUAAGCAUGGUCGUCAUCUGGUCCAUUGUCUACAUUCCACUGGUCUACUUCUGGAUAGUGUUUAGCAAUGAGAAAGGUGAAGAGACAGAAUGCUAUUUACCACACUCGUCCCCCAUUGUGGUGGCAGUCCUUGUGAUACAAGUCUUUAUACCCAGCCUGCUACUGAUAGUGGUCAACCUUAUAAUCUACUUUGUCCACUCUAAGGAAAUCAAAUCUGGACUAGCCAAUAAAGAGACUGCCAGUAAAGUGAGUCAGUCAAUGUUGGUGAUCGUCCUGGCGUCAUGUCUUCAAUUUAUCAUCACCGUCUUUCCAGUGGUUGUCAUAGUGAUAUGCAACAGCGUCAUGUUUCAACUCAACACAAGGCUGGGCGCUGUCAAGUAUGAAUUAGCCUAUACUGUUGCCUACAUGUUGUUGUAUACCAACGCUGCUACCAACUUCAUCAUCUACUGUGCUUUCGGCAACACAUUUAGGAGAGAGCUCUUCAAGAUGUUAAUGCCCAAGUGUGUACCUAAGCAACUUGGGCCUUCUCAAAGUGGCUGCAGCGGUGUCUCUGACGUCAGUAAAGCCGAGAAGUCAGUGAAGUAUUUAUUCAGCUACACCCACAGCCCUGGUCCAAAACAUUCGUUUACGGUGACAUCAGAAGUAGACCCGACAGACUUCAAUGAUCUCGAAAGCGGAUCCUGAAUUCGUCAAGGAACUAACAAUGUUAUUGGAACAAAUAAUGUUUUUCCAACAGAAUAUGCCAUUCUAACAAAUCGUGCUAUUCUAACAACUAUUUUUUUUUUUGCUCUGAAAUACAGAGACUUCGGUAUUUUUAUAGAGAGUGUAUGAAAGGGUCUAUUGUAAAACGGAACAGGUAAAAAGUAUUGGGCCCUUGAUUUUUUUUUUAAAAAGUUGAUAGAGUUCAGGUUUUCAACGCCAAGAAUCGAACCCUAGAGCCCUGGAAAGUAUGUGUCGUGUGGCGUUAAAAUUAUAGCAGCAUAUAAGCCUUUCAUGCAAUAUUCUGCCACAGUGUAUUGAGUUUCUUUUUCAGUUUCACUCUUUCUCUCCGUAAUUAUUUACCACAUUCUGGUGGAAUCAACGCUGGUAUCGUCAAUUAGGAGAGAAAGAGUUAAUACACAGUAUGUUGUCCUUCCUAGAAUUUAAAGGCAAUCCUUUAUAAGCUGCACGAGUAUUGUAGCAUUCAAUGGCAAACAAAGGCAUAACUUAGAAAGUACGGAGACUGGACAACAGUCGGUCUGCCUCAAUGAUGCCAAAACAACCUUCCGCUGGCCCUUUCCGGCAUUGACGCAACCAAGUCUAUCCCUUGAAAUCUCUGACCCCAUUGCAUAAUAAAUCCGCUGCAGAUCUGUUUCACUGGACUUGACGAUUUGAAUUUGUCUGGUGAUGUAGCCCGUGAGACUUACGUUGAAACCUAUUUUGCCCUCAAGCUGAGAAGUGUUGCACACCUCUUGUAUACGUUUGCUAAAAACACACAUCUGUUUGGUCGUAUGUUGAUUCACGUAUCAUCUUCAUUCUAAAUAGUUAAGUCAUCAAACAUCUACAUAUUUUUUGUUCACAUUCUGUGAUAUAUCUGUAGAUCUAGACGUCUGCUGGUGUUAAUAUGUUAAUAUAUGAUCGCAGGUUUGGUUUGAGAGUAUUUUAAUGUCAACCUUUUACGAAAAUUGAAGAAGUUUCGUUUCUAUUGAAAAUUAAAAAAUAUGGAUCAAUUA